AUGCCCGCUUACUUCUACCAUCUCUGUCUCGAAGUUCUUUCUAGCUCAUACUCUACACCUAAAGCUUCAUCUCUGGCCGUGGAAUCCGCAUGGGAAGCUCUCCUCCCGUUCCAGAAGCGGCCCUCGAGCUCCAGCACACCAUCAGGCGCCGCAAGUGAUUCCCAAAGCAGCAGCCAAAUCUCAAGCAAAGAGCUGAGGCUUGAACGACGACUGAAACAAUCGAGCGGUUCCUCGAUCGAAUCCACUCCUCCGCAAGCGCACCCACUCGACCCCUCCACAAUUUCCUAUAACCCCGCACGAACCACCAAGGACAUCCAAACUGAUAUCCGCUCCGGCGCCAUCGUCAUCGAGUGCAUCGACAUGGUGGCGCCAGAAGAUGGCCCCGCAAAACGCACCGCAAAGCGCGGCAGCGCCCUCAAUAUCGAUGACAAUCUUGUCGCAGCAGGUAUCGGCACUGACAUCCUAGGCGGCCUGCGCACCAAGGGCCGGUACAUUCCCCUCGACCAGAAAGUUGCCGAUAGCGUAUUUGGCAUCGUCCAUCUAUAUCGGGACUCGCAGGAAACGCCCUACCUCACCGGUAAUGAUGACGACUACCCGACCUAUCUCAAGGGCUCUGCCGCCGCUGCCGCGCGGCAUCCCGGUGACCAGCAGGCUGGCUUGCAGCCGUUGAUGAGCGGAGCCAGUACGGGGCAGGCUCGAGCACGGGGUAUGGACUCAGCCUAUCCAUUUCCUGUUACGGUGUCGGCGUCGGGCGAGGAAGAGGAUUGUACCACACUAUGCAUUCUAGCGGUCCCGUCUUAUCUGUCUCCGUCAGACUUUUUGGGGUUUGUGGGUGAGAAAACGAGGGAUUACGUUAGUCAUUUCCGGAUGAUUAGAACGCCCAGGGCGAAUCGGUAUAUGGUUUUACUCAAGUUUCGGAGUGGGAGGAGGGCGAAAGAAUGGCAGAAGGAGUGGAAUGGGAAGGUUUUCAACAGCAUGGAGCCUGAGACAUGCCACGUUGUCUUUGUCAAGUCGGUUGAGAUUCAGGUUGUCGAGCCUGGCUCUCCAUCUGCCUUUUCUCCCAACGAGUCAUCCGCUGGGCAAGCAACGCUUUCCGGUAGACCGUUGGCACCGCCAACACCCGCGCUGAUCGAGCUACCCACAUGCCCUGUCUGCCUCGAACGAAUGGACGAGACGACAGGCCUCUUAACAAUUAUCUGCCAGCACGUCUUCCACUGCACAUGUCUGCAGAAGUGGAAAGGCAGCGGCUGCCCUGUAUGCCGCUACACCCAAGAUGACUUCCGCAGAAGCGGAAUGGCAACCGACAUAGAUGAAGAGCCAGCCGAGUGCGCUGUCUGCCACUCCGAAGAGAACCUCUGGGCCUGCCUGAUCUGUGGCACAGUCGGUUGCGGCCGCUACGACGGUGCACAUGCAUUUGAUCACUGGAAAGAGACGGCCCACGCCUUCUCCAUGGAUCUCAACUCCCAGCGCGUGUGGGACUACGUCGGCGACGCUUACGUGCACCGCAUCAUCCAGAGCAAAUCCGACGGCAAGCUCGUCGAGCUCCCUGCAGCAGACCAUAGCGCCCUCGAUCCACCCGACUGGAGCGAUGCCGUGCCGCGUGAGAAACUCGAGAACAUGAGCGUCGAAUACACACACCUCCUCACCAGCCAACUCGAAAGCCAGCGCGCAUACUUUGAAGAGGUCGUUGAGCGCGCUGCCGACAAGGCAUCACAGGCUAGUGCGGCAGCUGCAGCGGCCGAAGAAGCAGCGAGGGCCGCUUCGGCCCGUCUCGUCGAGAUGCAGGCGAAAUUCGAUACCCUUUCUUCAGAGACAAUACCCGGUCUCGAGCGUGAUCGUGCUCGGCUAGAGAAACGCGCUGAAAAAUUCGAGUCCAUGGCUCGUGCUAUGGAGAAGGAUUAUAGAGAAGAAAAGACUAUGAAUCAGAGUCUGAUGGAACGUCUCGAGAUUCUUAACACUGAAAAUGGGACGCUCAAGGCUGAGAAGACGGAUCUUGAGGAGCAGAAUCGCGAUCUUACUUUCUUUAUUAGUGGGAGUCAGCGGCUGCAGGGGCAAGGUGAUGAUAUUGUGCAGGGCACUGUGAGUGUUCCUGAGCCCGAGGUUAAGAAAAAAAAGAAUAAGGGGAAGAGCAGGAAGUAG